UUGGAAUAAAUAAUGUUGUUCCUUUUGCUGCUCCCUUGGAGUUGGGUGCGCCCUCUCGGGGGGGGGGGGGGGGUUGGUUUCUGGUCUUUGCGAGUGGUGCGGUGCAGCAGGCCAACCACACCUGGGAUAUCUGAGCUGGCCAAAGCAGCGCGCGAGACCGCUAAUGCAGCUGUCGAGAAUCAACGCGGGCUGUGAGUGGUGGACGCGGGCUCUUGGGGGCCUUGGUGUGUGUCGGCCAUCACUUUUGCCCAGCGCUUAAGCACUGCUGAACUGUUUGUAGCGAAUCCCUAUCCAAGAGGCCCUGCGCAGUUGGUCUGGUCGCGAUUGGUCUGUCUCUGCAUGGUUUACCCAUGCUCGAAUUUGUCGGCUAGUUGGAUUCUCGAACUAAGUCUUCAACUAUUCCUUCUUGAGUCAGUAACUUAUUAGUCGUUCAAGUGUGUCUUCAAGCAGGACGCGGACGAAGGACUCUCAAACCGGGGGAGAAGAAGAAGAAGAAGGAGGAAAGAAGACGACGAAGACAAAGCAAAAAAGAAGCAGAAUAAUCCCGACAAAGCGGCCAUCCGAAUCCCUCCCCUUUCAAGAUACUCCGUACUUAAUCACCUAAGGACUUGGACCGGACCCGUGGGCAAGCAGCGCGUUCCUUUGAUUCUCUGCCCGUUGAUUCGGGGUUCCUUGACGAAAUAACUACUAAAUAAGUUAUAAUAAAUAAAUAAAUAAAUGACUAGUUAUCUUUUGGCCCCCUCUCUUUGUCCUGGGUCGGUCAACGACUCAACGCGCUGCUCAAGCCUCGCCCUCCCCACCACCACAUCCCGCCAACAGACAGGCGGACGGACAGACGGACAGCCCAUACGAUACGGACGGACAGGCUAACCCUCGGACUACACGGGUGAGCUCCAGCAGACAGGGAAAAAGGACGUGCAGUGGAAUAAAAGUCCUGUGCGGCCCAGCAAGUGGUCCAUCGUCAUACUCGGAAUCUGGUUCGUGGUGAAGAAGCUAUAUCACAGACCGGCAUCGUUGGUCUUGUUCCAACAAUCUUUUUAAUACUCGGCCAUUCCAUACGGUUUGUAUAGCUAGAGUUGCUGACUCUAGUGGCUAUUUAAUAGUUACCAUCUCUGGCUCUCCAUCCAACAAUCACCAACAUACCAUAUUAUCCGCAUCCUGAGAAUGGUCAUUGAAUGAUAUUGUCAAUCCCUAUCAACAAUCCGAUCCCCCUCUCUAAGAGAAAAGGUGGAGAUGUUGGCCGUUAGAUCUCCAGCGUCCGUUUCCUCCGGCAAUCAAAUAUCUGCUUUCUCCCCAUAUUCGGCUUCCCCAAGCUCUCCAACUCCAUAUUCAAUGCAAUCCGAUAGACCCCCGUCGACCCAGAGAUCUCCAUCCCCGUCCCAAAUGUCUUCCAACUCUAAAACAACCGAGUUUUCUAGAUCUUCUCCCAAGGCGUUCACUCCAAAUGGAUUGGAUCCUUCGGACAACCAAGAUGGCAUCACUAACGGGGAUAUGGAACGCUCUAUCACAAGGACUGGAAGUGCACUUAGUAUACGCACUUCCGGCGCCGGAGUGAGCGACUUCAAACCCAGCUCGGACGAAGACGAUGCACCCCAAUCCGUAAUACAUGUUCCGUCCGGCUUUGGUAAAUUUCUAGACAAUGUUCCUUCGCCGCGCGCAGAGCCCUCCAGGUCAUCGUCUGCACUAUCAGACGUGACAGUUACUUCACCCCUAGCGGGUCAAAACGACAACGACAACAUCAACAAUAAUGUGAGAAAGAAACCCACUACUCCAGUAUCGCCCCCGCCAAUCACCACCACACAUAUCGCACCCCCCGAGCACUGGUCAGAUCGAACAACCCCUCGUGCUCAGACAAGACAGGAGGUUGAAGAUUUCAAAAAGAGAGCUAGGAAAAGCAAUCUUGAAGAUAUACCGGAGACCUUUGAUGUUGAGCAAGCUGCUGAAGAUACCGAAGAUGAACCAGAGACUCUCCGGGAUAUGGGAGAGAUCACAACAACUUCCGUUGGCAAAUUUGAGGCUAGGGAGCACGAAUUGAAGGCUUUAAGGACGGCAUUAUCAGAAUGCUGGACUUUAUGUAAUACUCUAGCAAGCCUAAGUUACAUUCAUCGCGAGCGAUUGUUUAACUUUUCGGGGAAGGGAGAUAUGCAGGAACAGGCCUGGAAAUCGUGCUGGAAACUUUGCCAAAAUCUUUACGAGAACCGCGAUAACGAUGACCACCACACCUACGUGCGGCCAACACUAGAUCUUUGCCGGGACUUUUGUCAAGCAUUGUUCGAAGUUCGCGUCCGCGAUAAUGAGGUCACCGACUCGGUGCUGCGUGUGAGUUUCGAGCUCAACAACCAUCUGUAUAAUACGCAUGAUCGAAACCUCCCCGAGGCAUUCCGACACCGGACCCUGGACUUUUAUAUCACGCUGUGUCAUCGCCUUAUGAAACAGCGGACACGACUGGCAAAGGAAACAGACACGCUACUAAAGGCCUGUUGGUCCCUUGCAGAGAUGUUAUUCAGCCUGCGGCAGCGCAGGCGAGAAGGCAAAUCCCCCGACGAAGAACUACUCGGAUCAGCGAUUCAGGCUUGUUGGGAACUGUGUGAUCUUUUCCGCCAGGGAUGGACCCAAAUUCGACCAGACCGUGGCACUCCGCGGCCCAGCCAGACGACUUUCACACAGGCAUUUUACCAGGCUAAACGGUCAGAGUACAACAUUAUGAGUGAUGAAGAUACGCAAAGCCGCGGAGGAAACCCCGAAACGCCCACAACCAUAUUCGAAGACACCGCCACAGUCUCACCCGAAGAAGCACAUGUCCCUAACAUCCUCCUUCUAAACCCGAGCAACAACCAAGUAACCCCUCCCAAGUGGUCGUCCAACUCCUCCACAUUAUCCGGCUACUCGCAAUCAUCAUCUGGCAAAACUGCCUCGUCCAACAACACCGUCAAAUCCCCCGCCGAGGACCCGAACCUCACCUGCCUGAAACUCCUGAUCAUCCGCGCCGCCAUGAACAGCGGCUUCCAACGCGGCACGACCCAGACCUUAUCAGCGUUUGUCAAAUCGCUCUCCUCGGAUUCUUUCGGGACGCAAUUGUGGCAACGCACGCUCCUUGACAACUAUAAGAAGCUGGUGGUGUUUGACUCGGCGUUCCGCGACGUCGCGCCGUCCGCGCGGGCGGGCGCGGUGGAUGUUGCGAACGCUGUGCGGUCAAUGGUUCAGCAUAAUGGGCAGUAUAUUUGGCUGCAGGACCUAUACCGGCUUGUGUUUGGUUUCCAUACUGAAGAGGCGAUGCACCGGAAGAGCGUCACGGUCCAGACGUAGAUUUCUUUUUCUUUUCUGGAGAAAUUAAAGCUGACUGCUCGUGUGUGUGUGUGUGAACAGUUAUGCUACGCUUCGAAGAAUUUUGAUAUCUAUUUAUUUUUUUCACAAGCGCGAGUCGCUAAUCUGUUAUUUAACAUUUAUUACCUAUUUACUGUCUUAACAAAAAGAUACAACAACCCCCCCCUUCUCCUACGGGUUUUCUUCUACCAUUCUCUUCCUAAACCUUUUUAACCUUCCUCCUUUUCGUCGUCGCAGCUAUAUCUGCCUUAGCUUUCAUAACCAAACCAUGCUUCUUUUACUCCCCACCCAGCCCAACCGCACCUCGAAAAUUGAACAUCAACAAUCUAGUUUGAGCUGGCGAGGCCGUAGUUCUCCCCUUUUGCAUACCCCCACCAACCCCUUUCCUCUUCAAUAACAUGAACUACAUACUCUAUACAUACCACAACAUCCAAACCACGCCGCAUCGUAAUACCUUCCCCGGCUCUAUAUCGCGAAUGAUUUUUUUUUUUUUUUUUUUUUUUUUUUUUUUUUUUUUUUUGGAUCCAUCCCUUAUUUCUAUUUUUCUAGCAGGGCAUUUUUAUUUUUUAUAAAUUAAACUUCUGGGGCCAUCAAAUAUAUGGAUAUUUAUUCCUCCCGGCCCCCUUAACCCCACCCCACGUAUUAAUACCCCUUAUGUUCCUUUUUUAUUUUUGGUUAAAUAUCCAUUAGCAGCAUUUCACUAGCUAUAUAUAUAUAUAUAUAUAUAUACGACCCUUUUGGCCGUCUUAUUCUCCAUUCUCACUCCCCAUCUCGUCAUUCUCGUUCUCAUUUCCAUGCAUCAUUCCGCCAUCUAUAUGAUACCUUUUCUCGCUCGAAACGGUUUUAUUUUAAGUGUUAACCAAGAGCCUGGGAUGUGAUUGAUAUUUUUUUUGAGAGGACAUGUUAGUUGCAUAGUAUUUAUGUAGAUUUACCCGUGGGAAGAAAAUAAUGUUUGUGGAUGAUGAUGAUAUUAUUGCUGAAUAUCAAUCUAAAC